AUGUCCCGCAGCACCGCCGAAAAGCUUCCGGUUUUGGGCUCCUUAUCCCGAACUUUAGCGCUCCUCGAUUUCUCUAACAUUCUUUUUCGUCUCUUCUUUCGGCUGCUUUCUCUCUUCGCCCAACUAGCCAUCUUUCAUUUCAUGUCCCUCAUCAGUUUUCAAACUGCACGCCGACUAGAGGUUCCUUCCUCGAUCAUUAAAUACUUGUCUUCGUAUUUCUUUCUCUCUUUUCAUCUUUUCGUUUUUUUGUUCUCUGUUUUUGUCAUCUUUUUUUUUCUCUCAUCCACAAUUCUUUUAAUUUGUUUCUCUUCUUUUUCUAUUUCUUUUUAUGUCUUUGCUUUCAUUUUUUUUUUAUUAUUUGCUUUCUCUUUUUUUCGAUCUUACAUUUUCUUGUUUUACUUUAAUUCUAACGCCUAUUUUUUUCUCUUUCCUUAUAUCGUUCCCUUUUUCCUUCUCUUUGUUUCUCUUUACAUCUUUCUUUCUUUUUUUUCUUACUUUUUUCUUCUUCCUUUUCAACUCUUUGUUCCUUCAUGUUUUUUUUCCAUCUAUUUGCCUCUCUCUUCUCUUCCAUUUUUCUUUCUUUUCCUCCUCUUUUUGCUAAUUUCCCUAUUUCUCUCUAUUUUCCCUUAUUCUCUCUAUUUUCAAUUCUCACUAUAUUCCCUUAUUCUCACUAUAUUCCCUGAUUCACUCUAUAUUCCCUUAUUCUCUCUGUAUUCCCUCCUCUGGAUAUUCCCUUAUUCUCUCUAUAUUCCCUUCUUUUUAAUAUUCAUUUAUUCUUACUAUUUUCACUUAUUCUCUCUUUAUUCCUUUUUCACUUUAUUCCCUCCCUUAUACUCACUAUAUUCCCUUAUUCUCUCUAUUUUCAAUUCUUUCUAUAUUCCCUUAUUCUCACUAUUUCCCUUAUUCUCACUAUUUCUCUUACUCUCUCUAUAUUCCCUCCUCUAUAUAUUCCCUUAUUCUCUCUAUAUUCCAUUCUUUUUAUAUUCCUUUAUUCUCACUAUUUUCACUUAUUCUCUCUUUAUUCACUUCUUUUUAUAUUCCGUCAUUCUUACUAUCUUCCUUUAUUUUUUCUAUAUUCUCUUAUUCUCUCUAUAUUUCUUUAUUCAUUUUUAUGGUGAAGACUCUUCAAUGUCUUAUUUGCUUUUCAUUUCAUUAACCAAAAUGUUUGUUUCGCAUUGUUUGUUUCUUUCUAUCUAUCCCACUCUGUCUAUAUGCUUGUUAUCUAUCUAUAUGCCUGCAUGUGUAUCUCUCUUUUCUGUUGUAUCCAAGGGACGAGGAUUGACCUUGGCUUCUUUGAUGAUCUGUGAUGGGGUUUCUCUUUCUUUUUUUUACCCACCUGUUAAUGAUGGGAAAAUCUAUCUGCGAAAGGUUUUCUUUAUUUGCCAAACCGCCAAUUCACAUCUAUCUAUCUAUCUAAUCCAAUUCACAUCUAUCUAUCUAUCUAUCUAUCUAUCUAUCUAUCUAUUUAUCUAUCUAAGCCAAUUAAUAUCUAUCUAUCUAUCUAAGCCAGUUCAUAUCUAUCUAUCUAACCCACCAAUUCAUAUCUAUCUAUCUAUCUAUCUAUCUAUCUAUCUAUCUAUCUAUAACCUUUUUCAAUAUGGAAGCCUAAAUUUACAUGAGGACAAUCUGAUUUCUAUUAGUGAGUUUUUGUUAGUGUAA